AGCUCCUGUUGUCUCCUGUUGCCGUCGCAGGAGAAAAAGGAGCCGCUUGUCGUUGUCCUCCCCGGUGAUCACGAACCGUAGUCGUAGUUGCCGGCUGCUGCUAGAGCGGCGGCGGCGGCGGGGAAUCCCUUUGGACAUGUGACAAGCGUCAGACAUGUGCAUGACGGAUCGAUCAAUGUGUACUAGCGCUCCGGCUUUACGACUGAUCGCGUUCAACUCUGCGCGAUGGAUCCCGACACGUGAAGAAUGGAUCCUAGCGAACAGGUUGAUUCAGCGUAGCGAAGCCGAAAGGAUCUCGAGGUUCGCUUUCAAGAAAGACGCGAAGGCCUCGAUGAUGGGACGUUUGCUGCUGCGGAAACUCCUCGCCGAUUUCAGGAUUUCCAAUUCAUGCGACGAUCUCGAACGGAACUCCGAUGAACGACCUAUCCUGAAACGCCCGACCCGGGGAUUCGACUUCAACGUAUCUCACCAGGGGAACUUCAGCGUCGCGGUCGCUGGAUUUUGCGGGAAACUCGGCGUCGACAUCAUGCAGAUGCAGUACACAGGUGGUCGCACGAUCCCGGAGUUCUUUCGACUGAUGAGCAGACAAUUCACCGAGGACGAAUGGGUCUACAUCAGGCGACCGUCUGACGAGAAGGACCAAGUGGCGAAUUUCUAUCGAAUGUGGACGCUCAAGGAAAGUUAUGUGAAAGCCAUCGGCGUCGGACUCGCAAUGGACCUUCAGAGAAUCAACUUCAGCGUCUGUGAACAAUUGCGUCUGGGCGAGCAGUUACGCUCCACCACGGUGAAGGUAGACGGAACCGCUCGGCCGGAGUGGACAUUCCACGAAAUUUUGGUCGAUGACGAACAUUGCCUUGCCGUCGCAGUAUUCGGUCAGGACGACAAAAGCGUCGGCCGUUGUGAGCAGAUCGACUCAUUUGGUCAAGUGGUUUCCAAUUUACAACCCAGAACCGAAACCUGCUCUGACGUCGAUGAUCGCCUCGUGGACGAGCUGUGGUCCCAAUUCAAGGAAAGAGCGGAGAAACCCUGUCUCUGAAUUCGAGCCCUUAGGGAUUCGCAAGUCGAGGUUCCUGAGUGCCGAAAGUUUCCACGUUGAAAGAAAUAAGCGUCCGGUUCGGAGCGCGCUCUCCGAACCACCUCGCGAACUUGUACAAAGGGUAGGGUGGCAAGCAGAUAUACUUACAUAUGAUUUGAGCCAAAGAGCGCGAAGCGUCUCCUCUCGACCCAUGUCGACGAGAGGAGCAAUGCAAUGAUUAAUAAAUGGAAGUGUGAG